AUGCCCAAAGGAAAGUGGAUCGACAAGAAGAGUGCCCAGCACUUUACGCUGGUACAUCGCCCGCAAAAUGAUCCCCUCAUCUACGACGAGAGCGCGCCGUCGAUGGUGCUGAACCCGACCGAAGGCAGCAAAACUGCGGGCAAGGGAAAGAAUCUCGGCGAUUUGGCCUCUGAGCUUGGCUCCGACGCCGAACACAUACGCGCCAACGAAGGCGAGGCCGCCAACUACGGCGUAUACUACGACGACUCCGAGUACGAUUACAUGCAACAUUUGCGAGACCUUAACUCUGGCGGCGGCAAUGUCGUCUUUGUCGAAGCCAAGGCUGCAGGAAAUGCUGGCAAAGGCAAGCAGACGCAGUCCCUCGAAGACGCGCUGAAACAAAUGGACUUGGAACACAAGGCAGAGGACGUUAUGGACCCGGAUAUGCUACCAACCAAGGACCUUCCGCGCAUGUCAUAUGAACAGCAGCAGGAUGUCCCCGACGCCAUUGCUGGAUUCCAGCCAGACAUGGACCCUAGACUACGAGAAGUUCUUGAGGCACUAGAGGACGAUGCUUUUAUUGACGACGAGGACGACAACGUCUUCGACCAACUGGCCAAGGAUGGAUACGAAAUCGACGAAUACGAUUUUGAGGAUAAUCAGUUUGAUGAUGACGAGGGCUGGGAGUCGGAUCAUACCGCAAAGCCGAACAAAGAGUACAAAGAUGACGAGGUACCACAGCUGGUGGCAGUCGGAGAACAGCCCGAAGAAGGGCCCUCGCAAGACUGGAUGGAGGAUUUCAAAAAGUUUAAAAAGGAGCAAAAGACCGGCGGCCCUCCCAAAGCCCCCGGCGCACCCUCUCAGUCCGAGCUACAGUCCACAUGGACCACAACCACAAACGGCGGGCGCAAGAAGAAGAGAAAGGGCGCGCUCACGGUCGCUUCUGGUUUCUCCAUGACAUCUUCCUCGCUGGUACGCACGGAGCAGCUCUCUUUCCUGGAUGCGCGUUUCGACAAGAUUGAAGAAAAAUACAACGAAGAGUUUGACGACAUGGGCUCCGUGUCGGCAAUUUCGACGGCGUCGAGUGUCACGGGCCCGGUUCGCAACGACUUUGAUAACAUCAUGGACGAGUUCCUCGGAAACUAUGGUGGCAAGCCCGGCAAGCGAACGUCCAAGAAGUCGAAAGUGCAGACAGGUCUGGAGCAGCUCGAGGAAAUCCGCAGAGAGCUGGGACCUGCACGAAUAAAGGGAAGGCGGUAA